AUGUCUGCCUUCGACUCCGUGGCCGGGCGUGGCCUGGACAAAGAGCUACCAGCACCACCGAUCGACACUGUGGCACCUCGCGUGAUAAUCGAGGGCACCUCGAGCAGCGUGCUAGAUGAAUGCGAGGAUGGCGAGACGCAGCCCCUGCCAUCCACGCCCCGUCCCAGGCAACACCUCGAGACGUCGCCAUUGACGCUCCAAGGCCAUUCGCCCCCCGAAGCCUACCUCACACCCAUUGGGGGCUCGUACGAGAGCCCGGGUGGGUUUGAUGGCCGUCAUCAAGACUUCGACUCGCCUUCCUCGCCGCGCAUCCUCAAGCCCUCUACCUCCUCCGAGGGCGCAAAGUACGGGCUCGGCGUCACCACUUCUGAUCUCGGCACCGGCAUGAGAGGACUUUCGCUGCGAGACCUGCCCGAUCCUGCGACAUUUGAGCUGCCCGAAAGCAGCGACCCUAGCUUUUGCGUGGGUCCAAUUCCGCCUCCGGGCCACAGCAGUAGCAGCAGCAGCAGCACCCCAACGUGCUCAGAUGUCUCCUCUGCGCGCUUCUCUAUCUCGACGCGGGCCUCAAUCUGGACCGAGAAGAGCCACAGCAGCGCAGCGACGAGCCCAAGCACGUCAGGCAUCCUCAAGGCCGAUUCUCCGCUGGGCACCGAUCCUCGCGAGUACUUCAACGGCUCGGAGCCGUUCCGUUCAGGGCACUUUCCCUUGCCAAAUGCCGUCGCCAAGACAGCAGCCGAUGCGGCGCCCCGGUCGAUGGAGCACCGCGCCAUCAGUGCAGGUUCACUUCCUCCCUCAGAGACGGCCACUCUGUCGGGCCCCUUUGCCCACCAUCGUGCUCCCUCUUGGACGAGGCAAACGGGUCAUGGUGGUCUGACUCCCAUUCGCACCAACAGCCAGCAUCGACACGUGCCCCAGCAGGCUGUUGAUUCUUCCUCUUCUCCCAUUCUGCCUUCGCAGCUAGGGCCCUUUGCCGUGCCAGAUCGCAUUGCAUCGAGGGCGCGCACGCAUUCAGACGGCAGCAAGGGCCGCCCGGGAUCGUCUCGAAGCACGAAGAGCUCGUUAACCAAUGGCGGUGCCGACUCUAACGACAGUCAUCAGUACACUCGCGGGUCCAACCAUUCCUCCGUCGACUCCCAACCCGGCUCUCCCGGGAGCGCCAUCGGUCCGAGGACUAGCUCCCUCAAGAGGUCCUCGGCAAAAGGUUCUCUCGUCUCACCGCCGGCGCCGCCGCCACCGUUGCCAGCCUUGCACCUCCGCCAAUUAUCGCACGAUAAAAUUGACGCCACCAUCCGGCCGGCCCACCUUCGCCACGCAGCUUCGGACAGUGACUCGUCGACCACUUCCUCGAUGCGGAAUCGUCGGCGUGCCGCCGUACCCGACAGCUUCUUCUGCUCCGCAAAUAGCUACGGCUUGCCGGCCUUGGGCAGCAACAGCCCCGAGGGAUACCAGUCUCGGGGCGAUGGCAGCGAUCUGCCCUCCCAGGAUUCGGGUCUGGCCGUACGCGCCGUCGAGGAAGGCUAUGAGCAAAUCGUCAAUGGUCAAGGCCGUCGCGCAAAAGAAGUGGAAGGGCUCAUUGGUCCAAAGACGACGCAUCUUCUGUUGUCGGGCUGCAGCGGCGUCGACAAUGGCUUUCUCCAUCGUGUCUUAUCCCACACUGGCGAGUCACUGCUGGUUCUUGACGUCUCCGCUUGUGGCAUCACCUCUCUGCCACCUUGCCUGACUCUCUGCCAAGCCCUCGAGGAGUUGAAUGUCUCGCACAACACUCUGGUGGGACACAAUCCUCUAUCGCUUUGUGGAGACGUCCAGACCCUUCGCGUGCUCCUCGCCGAUUCAUGCGGGCUUCGAGGGCUGCCGAGGACCUUUGCCAAUCUCGAGAGACUGCAGGUCCUCAGUAUCCGCAACAAUUUCCUCACCCAUGUUCCGAGCUGGGUCCACCGCCUUGCACUGCUCGAGAUUCUCCUUCUUCAAGACAACACUUUCCACCGUACCUGGCGAGAGAUCACCACACUCCUCGUCGAUUCUCCGCUUUCAUCCUGUUUCACGUCCAGCGACGAAUCAUGGAUGAAAGAACGAUCCCUUUCCGCAACGACGACGGUCUCUUCGGGCACCGACACGAGUCUGCCAAAGGAAGAUGAGCUCGAGGAGCUCGAUGAAGAAGUCGGGCAGCCAACCUCGGCGCCAGCUCGAAGCGAGGCAGGAAGGCCCGCCCAUGCUUUCAGGCCAUUGAUGAGGAGGAUGCGAAGUAAUAACGACAUCCAGAGGGCACUUGACGAGCCGGCUGCUCUAGACGAACCUGACAGCUCAAAGCAGUCACCCGACUUCGAUAGCGACGGACCCCGCAGCUUCACGCAGCUCGACAAUGAAAAGGGUUGGGGGCUCUUCAAGCGCAAGCUGCGAAAGAAAGCGUCUACCAGCUCUCUCAAUUCUAAUGCGAGCAGUUUGCAUCAAUCCAAGAGUCGGAGCAAUAGCAUCCUUCACCUUUCUCAGACCUCUACCGAUCGGCUCGACAUCCUCCCUCCGUCUGCGGAUCUCAAGAGCAGCCAUGCUCGAGGUGCAGACUCGACCCCCACAGGCGCACCGCCGCUCUCGCCGUUUGGUGACGGAAACUAUGUGGCGACACCCAUUGAGCUGUGCCCCUUCAAGACCUACCUGCAACUAUCGUUGCCAUGGAACGAAGCAGCGCCUGGCGCCUACCACGAACGACGUAGACACCUCUCUGCUCUCCGCUCCUUGAUGGCCUACCUGCGCGACCUCGACGACCUGACGCCACCAUCACCAAGGCACAUGCGCACCUUUGACACCUCUGUGAGCCCAGGAUGGCGCUCUGGACCGGCAUCCCCAAUCUCGCACUCCACAACACCUGAUACUUUGCGAACCAAGCAGUCCACGUCUUAUUUCUCACGAUCAACGUCGGCCUCCUCCAUCGCCCACCAGAUCGAAGGCGAGAGGCAGCCAAUCAAGGACGAUUCUGUGCGUCGACUCAAGAUACUCCACGAGAUCGUCGUCACAGAGCAAACGUACCUCCGCGGCCUCUGCGAGCUCGUCGACAUCUACGUCAAGCCAUCUAAGCUCGUCGAGGUCAACUCGGGAGUGCCUUGGAUCCCACAGAGCGAGCAUCGCAAAGUGUUUGGCGACAUUGAGGGGAUCAUGCAGUUUCACAAAGGUGCCUUUUUGCCGCUGCUCGAGGCUGCCAUUGCCCCUCUUCGUUCUGACGAGGUUGAGUUCGGCAAUAAUGCCGAGUUGACGGCAAACGUGGCUGAAGAGAUGGCCAACGUCUUCUUGCGACACCACGCCUUCUUCCGGAUGUACUCGUCCUAUGUCAACAACGUAGACGCUUCUCAGCGCAGAAUACAGACGUGGAUGGCGGUCCCUUCUAGCCAGACGCACAGCAGUAACAACAGCGCAAGCAGCAAGCUUCGUCCUUCGACGAGCGGCGGAGUCGCAAGCGCCAGAGAGCAAGGACAACAAGAUGGCUUCCUUGCUCCCAAAGAGCGUAAGCGUAUCCGAGCAUUCAUGCAACGGGCCCGCAAGGACCGCCGGCAUUCGCAGCUCUCCCUCGAAGCAUACCUUUUGCUUCCCGUGCAAAGGAUCCCGAGGUACCGCCUCCUGCUCGAGGACCUGGCUCGGAGCACGCCAGAAGAAAGACUUCGGGACCCCGCGUCUGUCAAAUCUGCCCUGGAAGCUAUCUCGACGGUUGCCUCGUCGAUGAAUGAGAGCAAGCGCCAGUCGGAGAAAGAUCGGAGACUUCUGGCGUGGCAAACGAGGAUCCGUCCCCUUCGAGGAGGUAGCCUUAAUAGCAAUGGGAGAGGAGGCAACGACUAUGCCUGGCCCUCGCCACUCGUACAACCUCAUCGAAGGCUCAUCAUGGACGGCCAAGUCGUCCUGAAGCGUGUCGUGGAACGCACUGCUGCUUUUCACGCACCCUCUGAGUCGAUCUGGACCGAAGAAGAGGAAGAGGACGCCCUUGCGUCGAUUGGAGAAAGCUUCUCGCUCGGCGAUGAGCUCCAGGAUCGGAGCGACAAUUGGCGAAUGGUCCAGCAGCAGCCACGGAGGAUGGUCCAGGUGGACCGGUUAGAGCAGACAGUCCAACAGCGACCUUUGACGCUCAUCGUCUGUAACGACAUCUGCGUUGCAGUCGUUGUUUCCAGCGACGCCUCUGGACCGGUGGACCUCUACGCCAUCUGGAGGCUUCGCGAGUCGCCUUCCUCGGAUGGCAUGCCACCCGUGACGAUCGUUGGCCAAUCGGUCCUUCGCAUCAUCGACACGAAGCGGAUAUUGUACUGCCAGGCCGCUUCUGUCGAAGAGGCCGAGACAUUGCGAGACGCCCUGCUGCAGCAAGUCGCACAUCAACAGGUGCAAGACUAA